UUUCAAAACCCAGCUCUCAUGGCAUUAGAAAGAGGAUCAUGAAAAACCUAUAAAAAAAUGGUUCAUGAAAUUUUAGUUCACUCAUAAAGCUAAAGUCCGCUUGCUCUAGCUAAAAAUGCCCACUGUGAAGAGUAUAUUGUAAUAAUCUUUUUCUAUUGAAAAAUUCUUUUGAACAAAUUGAAUCGCUGUAUAGUGAACUUUGUCGAAGUUUGCGAGAACGUUUUGAAAAAUUAAUCGAACCGGCUAAUGAACUGAUUAGUACGAAUGAAUUUGAUAAAAUUACGGAUUUAAUUUUACAAAUAGCAAAAUGUACACCAAUUCUCAAUAAACAUUUGCAAGGACUAGUCGAAGAAAAAUAUAAAUAUGUUAUUCAAUUACUCUUACAAUAUUUAUCGAAUUUAGUAGAAAAAGCUGAUAUAUUCUUAGUCAAACCGAGAUUAAAUGAAAAUGAAAUCGAUGUUGUUAAAAAUUCAGUUAAAAUAUUAGGGACAGCAAAAGAAAAUGCUACAUUGCAAGAUCGUAUUUCUAUCUAUAUCGAUAUGUUAAGAAAGAAAAACGAGAAAUUAGCCGAAAAUAUCAAAAAUCUUAGUGAGAUUUAUAAUUUAUUGAUUGAAAAAAUCGUGAACUAUUUCAAUCAGAUCAAUGAUCGUAUUACUCAAUUGUUUGAAGUUUAUGGAGAUCGUGCACUCGAAAAUACAGAAUCAUUAAUUAAUGAUAUGGAGGCUAUUCGAACUAUUCCUGAGAUCGAUUCGAAAACAGCAGGAAUCUAUUAUCGUACAGUUGAAUUUGUACGUGGACAUAUGCAUCAAGUUCAACGAGAAGUUCAAGAUUUAUUAGCAUCGAUAGAAUCUCAAUGA